CUGAACUAUAAUUUAUUUUUUUUGUUUCUGAUAUUCACCUGCCUGUUGCUUUCAAGCUUCUCAUUAUCUUUCUGUAUUUUAUGCAUCUCGGUCGCUAGAUAUUAAUAUAUACCGGUUCCAGUACAUCCAUGUCUUUUCGGGGAGGCAGAGGAGGACCCGGCGGUCGUCCUGGCCCUAUUUAUGGCCUGGAUAUCAAACCUGAUUUCACUCCUUCAGAACGCUAUCCAAAAUUUGCACUGCCGGUGCAGGCGCCUUUGACUGACUUUGAACGGCGUUGCGUACGACAGCUUCUACAGUUCCAGCAAGAAGUGUCUGGCUCAGCCUUUUAUGUCCUGGAGAAGAAGAACGGUACAGUCGAGUACGAAGGAGGAAUAAACGACGGUAUCAAACGGUACUCUGAUAGAUUUCUCAAAAAACGAAAGACUGGCAAAGCCGUCACUGAUCAUCCAUACAUUGCGGAGUUUUUUCCACAAGAGCUUCAUUCUGCUCUAGGCCUUAAAUCCAGCGGGAAGCAGAAACCAAUCAAGCUUGAUCUUGCUGAACAUAAAAAGCACAUCCUGGAAGCAGUUAUCAUGAACACCGGCGACGACGAGGUAGCUGGAGCUUCUACAGGCGCGGUCGCUGAAGACGAAAACGAAGUCGAAGAAGACGAUAUGGACGACCAAGAAGACGAGGACGAGUUUGAAGAAGACGAGGAGGGCGAUUACAAUGCUGAAAAGUACUUUGACGACGGCGAAGACGAUUAUGGCGACGACGGCGGUGAUGACGAAGCUGCAUACUGACGACUAUUUAUGUAUAUGUCUGUUUAUAUUGGCGUUUUUGGGUCCUUUUGGGAAACUAUUGCUUUUGAUUUGCUU